AGAGAUUCGAUCCCAGGACCUGAGGCUCGGACAGUUGGAUACAGAAGGACACACACACAGAGACAUAGGAGAGAGAAAACAAAAAAACAAGAGAGACAGAGAGAUAUCAAAAAAACCUUUCUUCAUCGUCGGCGUCAUCAUUAUCAUCAUCAUCAUCGUUUACGUCGAACUACAGCUGAAUCGGCGUCGUUUUGUUCUGUUCUUUUGAACCGUCAGAUUCAGUCCUGUGUUCGAUGUGCUUUGUCCCAAAACCCUAGGAGUUAUCUGCUUAUCUUUCCUCAACAAAUACUGGUUCUCCAUAUUCUGUGUGCAUGCUAUACACAAAACAUUUUUGUUGGUGUUGGGAGCUUUUAUUGUUGUUCAGGAUUGGACAUUAGCCUGUGGUUAUGCUGAGGAUGCUAGAGAUGUAAUUGAUAUUUCUGGGCUCAUGACUUAUUUACUGGUGUGCGGUUCUAGUAGCAAGUGUACACGAUAACUUAUAUACUUUCAUUUUUCCCUCAAUCUGAGAUAACAAUCUUGCACUUGCUGUUAUCAGCUUGUAUUGCUUGUGGAUUGAUGAUCUUGGCCCUUUUGAGGUCUUCUCUUAAAAAAUUGGCUUGAUGAAGUCAAUGGAUACACUUACUAUUUUGUCUUGAAUAAAGAGAGAAUGGUACCAAAUUGGAAGAAACCUCACAUUAAGUUGACACCUAUCUCCUCAGCAUACGAUUUAUUCAUGUUCUCUAUAACAUCUAGGAGUAAAGAGGGUGUUAAUGGUGCUGCAUAAGAAGAAAUCAUGGAGCACAUAUCAGAGAAAAAAUUCCCUCUCAAUGCAAAAGAUUAUAAGUUAUAUGAAGAAGUUGGUGAGGGAGUCAGCGCCACUGUGUACAGGGCUCUCUGUGUUCCACUUAAUGAGAUAGUUGCAAUCAAGGUUCUUGAUCUGGAAAAGUGUAAUAAUGACCUGGAUGGUAUCCGGCGAGAGGUACAGACAAUGAGCUUGAUUAAUCAUCCAAAUUUGUUACAGGCGCAUUGUUCUUUCACUGCUGGCCACAGCCUUUGGGUUGUGAUGCCAUACAUGGCUGGUGGAUCCUGCCUUCAUAUAAUGAAAUCUGGUUACCCUGAAGGUUUUGAGGAGCCUGUUAUUGCUACUUUAUUGCGUGAGGUUCUGAAAGCUCUUGUUUAUCUUCAUGCACAUGGGCACAUCCAUAGAGAUGUGAAGGCCGGGAAUAUCUUAAUUGAUUCUAAUGGUGCAGUCAAGUUAGCUGAUUUUGGUGUAUCAGCAUGCAUGUUUGAUACUGGAGAUAGGCAGCGUUCCAGAAAUACUUUUGUUGGGACUCCAUGCUGGAUGGCUCCUGAAGUUAUGCAGCAAUUGCAUGGUUAUGACUUCAAAGCGGACAUAUGGUCAUUUGGAAUAACAGCACUUGAACUUGCACAUGGCCAUGCCCCAUUUUCCAAGUACCCUCCAAUGAAAGUUUUGCUGAUGACUUUACAAAAUGCACCUCCAGGUUUGGACUAUGAAAGGGACAAGAGAUUUUCAAAGUCUUUCAAAGAGUUGGUAGCGACUUGCUUAGUGAAGGAUCCAAAAAAACGUCCAGCUUCAGAAAAGCUAUUGAAGCACCCUUUUUUCAAGCAUGCACGCCCAAAUGAAUAUCUGUCUCAUACCAUUCUUGAUGGCCUUACUCCUUUAGGUGAACGUUUUAGAAUGCUGAAGGCAAAAGAGGCUGAUCUUCUUGUUCAGAACAAGGCUCUUUAUGGGGAUAAGGAGCAGUUAUCGCAGCAAGAGUACAUUCGAGGAAUAAGUGCCUGGAAUUUCAACCUCGAAGAUUUAAAAACUCAAGCUGCCCUUAUACAGGAUGGUGGCAUGCCAAAUGCUGAAGACCCGGAUGCUAAUAAGCAAAAAUAUGGGCAUGAUUUUGUUGGGUCCCCAGCGGAGAGCAUGCUCCAUUCAAAUGCUGAUCCUAGUCAGGAGGAUGGGUUCAGUGAUAUUAGUGAUUUGGAGAGCUCAUUUGCUUCAUUUCCUGUGAAACCUCUUCAAGCACUUAAAGGUUGUUUUGAUAUUUGUGAGGAUGAUGAGACUGCAAAUAGUCCAAUUGGUGUGGAUCAGGAAAAUGGACGAAAUGAGGGUGAGAGUUCGUGUCAAGGUAGUAUUUUACAUCGCCAUGCCAUUCCAGAGCAUAAAAAAUUCUUGAGUGGUUCACUACUACAAGAGAAUUCUCUAUCUCCUAAGAAGGUUUUUAGCGAUGGGGACAGGGAUUAUCUACCAUCAAAACACCAAGCUGAGCGUAACUAUAGUGGUACAUUGUUGUAUCGUCAGAAGAAAGAUGCUAGUAACAUUUCAUCUGUUGAAGAUACUUCAGAAGGAGCAGUUGUACAGCGUAAGGGCCGCUUUAAGGUCACUUCGGCAGACCUCAGUCCCAAGGGUCCUACAAACAGCAUGUUUAGCUCAAUUUCUGGAGGUUCAACUGGUAUAACAACCGCAAAUCUAACGGCUGCCUCAAUUCUCCCAUCUCUGCAAUUCAUUUUGCAGCAGAACUCCACACAGAGGGAAGAACUUAUGAAAUUGAUCAAGUAUGUGGAACAAACCUCUGGUAAGCAUGCUGAGUCAACUGAGGUUGUCACAAGUGACCUGUUGCAGAUGCCUCCUGCUACCACCAGAGAGAGAGAUCUGCAGUCUCAGGUGUUUCAUAUGCAGCAAAGUAUUGGGAGCCUUGUUGAGGAAUUGCAGAGGCAGAAGAUGAAAAAUGCCCAGUUAGAAAGACAACUAAAUACUUUGGUGAACAAAGAGGAGGAUGCACAAUGAUGUUUUUCAUAUUACCACCGCCUUGUGAACAAAAAGAAGCAUAAUUUCUUUAUAGUUGGUUGAGGAAGCCGAAUUUCUACCGGUUGAUUAUUUCUUCAGUGGCUAGCGAGGGUCUUCAAGGUACUUUCGAAGGUAUAGGGCAUUUUUUAUUGUAUUUUAGUGUAUCAUAUGUGUGAACGUGUGUAAGGCAGAUACCCAAUUUUGAAAUGCUAUUCCUUGAGUCACUCUAUCGUGUAAUUUAUUGACUGCUUUUGUAAUUAUAUUCAGUUUGGUCCUCUCUA